CCGGGCCAUAGCAAACAAGUUGCCUCUCGAUCUGCCUCCUUCCGGUGCAGGUUUGGUGAAGGGGUAUACACUCCAUGACUCCAAACAUCAGCUAGCUAGCUGCACAUCUUUCAGGCUUUUCGCUUCCGUCUAGCUCGCAGGAUAGCCAUAGGCAUGGCGGCCAAGCUGCAUACGUCCAUCCUUGUGUACUCCAUGUGCCCCAUCCUCCUCAUUGGACCAAACCUUGUAGCUUUCUGCACUGCACAGGUGCAGUCCUUCGUCUAUUCCGGCUUCAAAGGCGCCGAUAUUACCCUCGAUGGCGUCGCCGUGGUCCGAUCAGACGGGCUCCUCGAGCUGACCAGGAUCGCCGACGUCAGAGGAUACGCGUUCCACCGGGAUCCCUUGCGGUUCCGCAGGUCGCCCAACGGCACGGUGCAAUCCUUCUCGGUCUCAUUCGUGUUCGGCGUCCAAUCGGACAUCGACGUGAGCGUCGAUGGCAUGACCUUCUUCAUCGCCCCCGGCAACAAGUUCUCCAACACUUUCUCCGGCGCUUACCUAGGCCUCUUCAACGACUCAACAAAUGGCAGCCCCAACAAUCACAUCUUUGCAGUUGAGCUUGACACUUUUGGGAACGGGGAGUUCAAGGACAUGGACAGCAAUCAUGUCGGCAUCGACGUCAACAGCCUCUUCUCCGUACAAGCCCAAGCCGCUGGUUUCUAUGAUGACAUGACUGGUACUUUCACAAACUUAACUCUAAAUAGUGGUGAGCCGAUGCAACUAUGGGUCGAAUAUGAUGCACAGACCACACAGGUCAUAUCGACCUUGGCUCGCCUCGGUGCCACCAAACCUCGGAGGCCAUUGUUUACAACCACCACCAACCUCUCCGAUGUGCUUGAGAACCCAUCUUAUGUUGGCUUCUCGGGUUCAACUGGCUCACUCAGUACAAUAUAUUGUGUGCUUGGUUGGAGCUUUGGCAUGGAUGGCCCUGCUCCGGCCAUCAACAUCACAAAUUUGCCCAAGCUGCUUCGUGGUCAUCGGAAAGCUCGAUCUAAAGUCUUGGAGAUCGUUCUUCCAAUUGCUACCGCGAUGUUCAUCGCCGUAGUAGGAAUUGUCAUCGUACUUCUCAUGCGGAGGCGAUUGAGAUAUGCUGAACUACGGGAAGAUUGGGAGGUAGAGUUCGGACCACACCGGUUCUCGUACAAGGACUUAUACCAUGCUACGGAAGGAUUCAAGGACCACCACCUCCUAGGCGCCGGAGGGUUCGGGAAAGUGUACAAAGGAGUACUCCCGAAAUCCAAAAUGGAGGUAGCUGUAAAGAAAGUGUCACAUGAAUCAAGACAAGGUAUGAAGGAGUUCAUCACCGAGGUGGUUAGUAUUGGCCGCCUUCGACACCGUUACCUUGUACAAUUACUUGGCUAUUGUCGGCGUAAAGAUGAGCUCAUUCUGGUUUAUGAGUACAUGCCAAAUGGCAGUCUUGAUAAGUACCUGCACUGUGAAGAGGAUAAGCCCACACUGGAUUGGACCCAGAGGUUUGGGAUCAUCAAAGGGAUCGCGUGUGGAUUGCUCUAUCUACACGAGAAAUGGGAGAAAAUUGUCAUACAUAGAGAUAUAAAAGCAAGCAACGUACUCCUUGAUGGUGAAAUGAAUGGGCGACUCGGUGAUUUUGGCCUCGCAAGGUUAUACGAUCAUGGUACAGACCUACAAACCACACAUGUGGUUGGCACCAUGGGUUACCUAGCCCCAGAGCUACUACGCUCGGGCAAAGCUUCUCCUCUCACUGAUGUGUUUGCCUUUGGGACAUUCCUUCUCGAGGUAGCAUGUGGGCAAAGGCCCAUCAAGCAAGACUCUAAAGAUAAGCAAAUAAUGCUUGUCGACUGGGUACUCGAGCAUUGGAACAAUGGGACACUCAUGCAAACUAUGGACACAAGGCUUCAAGGUGACUUUGACAAGGACGAAGCCAGCAUGCUGCUGAAGCUAGGGCUCUUGUGCUUGCAUCCGCUGCCCACUGCAAGGCCUAGCAUGAAGCAAGUCAUGGAGUACCUCGAUGGAGAGGCGGCGCUACCGGAGCUGACACCGACACAUUUCAACAACCUCAACAUGGUGUCCAUGAUGGAAAGGGGAGGAUUCCGUCCAUCCAUAUUAUCGUAUCCAGACCUAACAGCAAGCAUUGGCACAUUCUCCGGCCUCUCAGGGGGGCGAUGAUAAUCAUAUGUUUGCGGUGUUUUAACAUCAUUAUGAAUAUGUACUCUCUCUCUUUUGCAUACCAUUAUGAAUACUUACUCUCUCUUUUUGUGCGGACCAUUAUGAAAAUGUAACAGUAGUUUACGUGUUUUAUAUGCAAUUAACUAGUAGACUUGGUUAUGGAUGGCCCCAUGCAUGGAAAUGCAUGGAAUAAAUAGCAAUGGAGUGUAACUGGUCACAUGUUA